AUGUCCGCGAGACUAGUUAUGAUAAUAAUGUCUUCAUCGUUUUUCAACCCCAGUUUUGCCCUAAGCUCACAUUUUGACACAGAUGGCGCUCCUCUGAGUGAGCUUUCCUGGUCAUCCUCACUGGCUGUGGUAGCAGUGUCUUUCUCUGGCCUCUUCACAUUCAUCUUCCUCAUGCUGACUUGCCUGUGCUGUAAGAAGGGGGGCAUCGGCUUUAAGGAGUUUGAGAAUGCAGAGGGAGAGGAGCAGGAGGCUGGCCAGUCUGCGCUUGGCUCCCCGGCCUCCCAGGGAGGUCCCGACGUCUACAUCCUCCCUCUCACAGAGCUCUCCCUCCCGGUUGCCAAGCAACCUGGACGCUCAGUCCAGCUCCUCAGAUCCACAGACGUGAGUCGGCACAGUUUACUGUACCUGAAGGAGAUUGGACAUGGCUGGUUUGGCAAGGUCUUGCUUGGGGAGCUCAAUGCCGGACUCAGCAGUACUCAAGUGGUGGUGAAAGAGCUCAAGGCUAGUGCUAGUGUUCAGGACCAGAUGCAUUUCCUGGAGGAGGCCCAGCCUUACAGAUCCCUCCAGCACCCUGCCCUCCUCCAGUGUCUGGCCCAGAGCACUGAGGUCACGCCCAAUCUACUGGUCAUGGAAUUCUGCCCACUGGGUGAUGUGAAAGGUUACCUCCGAAGCUGUAGGGCAUCAGAUUCUUUGACCCCCGAUCCUCUGCUUCUGCAACGAAUGGCAUGCGAGAUAGCCUCUGGCCUCAUGCACCUGCACAAACACAACUUCACUCACAGUGACCUGGCCUUGAGGAACUGCCUGAUCACAUCAGAUGUUACCGUUAAAAUAGGAGACUAUGGACUGUCACACAGCAAGUACAGGGAUGAUUACUUUGUGACAUCAGACCAGACGUGGGUACCUUUGCGCUGGAUCGCACCAGAACUUGUGGAUGAGGUCCAUGGAAACCUACUGAUUGCAGACCAGACCAAGCAGAGCAACAUCUGGACACUUGGAGUAACAAUUUGGGAGCUAUUUGAGUUAGGGAGCCAGCCUUACCGUCACUACUCCGAUCGCCAGGUUCUCACCUACGCUGUGAAGGACCAGCAACUGAAACUUCAGAGGCCACUGCUCAAAGUACCCCUUGCUGACCGCUGGUAUGAGGUGAUGCAGUUCUGCUGGCUUCAGCCAGACCAGAGGCCCAAUGCAGAGGAGGUGCACCUGCUUUUGAGCUACCUCUGUGCCAAAGGAGUCAGCGAGGCAGAGGAGGACUUUGAGAGACGCUGGAACUCCAUGAGGCCCAACACACGCCAUGGAUCUUUGGCAUUAGAGGUGCCUCAGUCAUCAUCUUCCUCUUUCCCCUUACUGGAGCAGUUCUCGAUGGGUGAUGGCUACCACUCCGAAUCUGGAGAUGACAUUCUAACAGUUACAGAAACUAGCCAUGGCCUCAACUUUGAGUACAAGUGGGAGCAGGCAAGAGCUGAACAGCCCUAUCACUCAUCCUCCACAAGUGGUACUUUGGGCCAAGGCAACCCCCACUGUCAGGAGAUUUACUACCCCCCAGGAAGUGUAAUGGGUGGCUGUGGUGUGGAAGGCCUUACCUUGGGAGUUUCUCCAUCCUACUACGACCACAAGCAGCUCCAUGCCCCAGGUGUGGUUCCCGUGUUAAGUGCCCACAGCCCCUCCGUAAGUAGUGAGUACUACAUUCGUAUCGAGGAGCCUAUUGACUGUAACAUCGAUUUGGACUACACCAUGUGUACCUACAGCCCAGACUUUGAGGGUAGCAAUGGCAGCUUCCUCACAGGUAGCGGAGACUCUGGAGAGUGUAUGGAUUGCCCCUCUGACGGGAAGCCUAUAGACUCCUAUUGGUCAGCAAAUGUCCAUAAAAGCAGUAUCUAUGAUUCAGACACAAGCCCUGCCAUGUCUCUCACCAUGGAGCCACUUCUCGGUCAGGUAUCAGAUGCCAGUCCCCUCAGGCCCUGGGAGUCAGGCCACUACGUCUCAUACAAAGACAGGGACGGAGGUUAUUACUACGAACACUCACCUCCCUCUGGGGUGGAACACUACAUUAUGGGAGAUCAACCUGAACCUCCACAGGAAAGCUGGGGUUCCCGCAGCCUGAGACAGGCACUGGGAGAACUAGAGAACCCUCUGGGGAUCUCACCGUCUCUUAGCAGCCCCCCACAGGUUUAUGGUGACCCUUACCUCGAGAGUAACCAAGGCUCAAUCAUAGGCAAGGAUGUGGCGGGUGGCUACUAUGAUAUGAUGGGCUCCUUGAGAAAGACUAUGCCAGGUAGUCACUCUGUCUGCAUCAAUAUGGAACCAGAAGCAGCCCUCUUCAUUGGAAGAGAAGAAAGUGACUCUGAAGAAGAGGACCUGUUUGCUGAAAGGCAAGGAAGGACGUGGCCUAGAAACCAUUCAGCAAAUAAUAACAGCCUAAGCUUGUGCCGGAGACAGAGGUCUUGUCGGCAGGACGCCUAUGUAGACUUUCACUACACUAUGCCAAUGACUGAUGUCGAGGACUCCUGGCCUGAGAAUCCAAGCCGUAGAUACCACUCAACAAAAGCAUUCGACUAUCUCAAGGCCACAUCCAAAAACAACACUUGCAUUGUACAUGGGAAGCACGCUACCCUGCCCCCUGUGGCCCAGUGCAAUUCAUAUAUACAUCUCUGUGGUGAGGCUAGGCAAGAUGAGUUGUCUUUUCAGUGCUACAAGGCUUUGGAUGGUGCUCAAUUUGUGGAUCCUCUUACAGGAUCUGUGGUGAAAAAUCACUUUAUGAAAGACUAUGUCACUGAAAAAAACAUUGGGUUUCCCAACAGAGACCAGCAGGGUAGCCAGGCUCCUUUACCUGUUGGUCAUAUUGCCUCCAAAUCUGAACUGUCAAAUAGCAACUUGAGCAAAGAUGACAAAUCAAAGCAAUAUGUCGACAUUGCUGUCAAUACAGUGGGAGAUGUGGUCUCUAAAAACGAAGAUGAGACACAAGAAGAUACAGUUCAAAUAGAUGCCAAAACUGAGGCAAACGCCAUCAUCUGUCUGUUAGAGAAACCCUGUCCUACAUUGCCCCCCUUACCAACUGAGCCCGAGGUAAGCAAAACUCUGGAUAGUGGGCUGGAUCGGAGCCGUUCAAGCAUAAGCCUGGUGGACAUAGAUGACUGUAGUGAUGAUGACAUCACUGACAUUACUUCAGGAAUUUUCGGUGACUUUAACAGGGGUGAAACAGAGACCACCAACUUUCCCACACCAACUUUCAAGUCCCUCCAGAAGCAAGUGGGCACACCAGACUCUGUGGACUCUAUCGACCUACCCUCCACUGCAGGCUCCAGUGAAACCUCCAGUGCCUCCUUUCACCCUUCCAGCUCUCCCAAAGCUAUGGACAGUGGUUAUGACACAGAGAACAACGAGUCUCCUGAGUUUGUCCUGAAGGAGCCUCAUGAGCCACAAGAUGCCAAAGUCUUCAUUCAGCCACUGGGGAAGAAUACUUCUGGAACCAGUUCAGACAUAGGUGAGCCGAAGGGAAGCACAGUAAUGACAGAGCCCGAGCAGGAGCAGGCAGAUGUGGAUGCUGUAGUCUCACUCACAACUUCCCAGAGCAGGGAUGGAGUGAUUGCCCCGCUGAGUGAGGGUAGCCCGUACAGAGAUUCUGCCUAUUUUUCUGACUAUGACACAGAAAAUGAGAGACUCCCCCUAGAGGAGGUGAAAGAGAGAGAAGGAAAAGAAGAGAGUGAGAAAAAUUUCACUGAACUAGAGGAGGAAAAGAAAGGAGAAAGGAACAUUAUAGAUAAAGAGGUCAUUCUUUUCCCACAGGUGCAGAGACAAGGUGAGGAGCAGGUGAGAGAGCUUUCACUUGUUCCAAAAGAAGACAAGAAUGUUCAUCAGAAGAUCGAAGACCUUGACGACCCAGAAGGAGCUGCAGAGAGAGUUUUCCCUAUACCUAUUUUAGUCGCCACACCUUCUGCUACCUCCUCUGUGAUAGACAAAUGCCAAAUGACAAAGGAGGAAUCACAGGAUGAAGGCCUUGAAGCAGACUCUGAUCACUCUAUGAAGAUAGAAUUGUCUGAAUGCCUUCAGCCUGAGAUGAAUACCAUGUCCAGUAAGGAUGUGACAUCUGGGACCAAGGAGCAAGAGCCAACAGACAGGUCCUUGUGCAGUCCCACAGCAUCUGUGAGCUUCAGUCAGGACAGAGUGGUGGAGAUCAUCCCUGGCGUCUCCAUCCAAGAGGCUGAUGGCAGUCAGAAUAUCGAGACAGAGGGAGAGAGCUCUGAGACAACAGGACAUCUCGAGCAAAAAGAGGAAGUGGACGAGAAAGGAAGGGAAGUUGGGGGAACAAAAGAUGAUAAAUCAUCAGAUACAGGAAAGCUAGAAACCCAGGAAAAAGACUUUGGAGAACCCCGAGCAAACCCAAUGCUCUCUCGUUCAUCCUCUCCUCCCCCUCUUCCACCUCCUGAGGGAAGGGUUUCCCCUGAUGGGGGAGAUGCAGAUGAGGAGGAUGGAGAUUCAGAGGACAGUGAUGAAUCAGAUGAGGAGUUGCGUACCUAUAGUGUUCAGGAACAAAGUGAUGAGAGUGAUGAGGAAAUCUUAACAGUGCCCAUUAUUGUGAGUGACUGCAGCGAUGCCCACAAACUCAGGAGCCUACUCAAAAUGCCUACCCUUAUCACAGACUCCCUCUGUGAUGAACUGGAGUCCAAGAAAAAGGUGGUGUCCUUCUUUGAUGAUGUUACCGUCUACCUAUUUGAUCAAGAGAGCCCCACCAGAGAGCUUGCUGAACAAGGCUUCCCCUUAGGGGCGGAGUCCAACAAACAGGGAACAAAGGGCACAGAGCCACACCCCCAGGAAAAGAUUAAUAUGUCUGAUGACUCCUCAGAUGGAAACAUUUCUGAAGAAAGUGCAGGGUUUGAGUGGGAGGACGAUUUCCCCUUGUUGCCAACUCCCCCCUCUGUGACAGCAUCCACCCCGGAUGCAACAGCCAAAACAUCCGUCUCAUCAGACACUACGGCUGUGGCCCAGUAUUCCCGUUUCACAGUCUCCCCGUCCAGUGUGUCUCGUUUCUCCAUCACGCACGUAUCUGACUCAGACAUGGACUCUGCAGGAGGGAGCAGUGAGGAUGGAGAGAAAGAGUGAGUGUCACCACAGUAUUAGCACCCAA